GAAUGUGACCAUCCAUUAAGCGCCGGAGUGUUCGGGAAAAGACAUGUGAAGCCACGUGAUUUAACAGUUACUUGUUGUAUGGAAGACCGUUGUAACCAUCUUGCACCACAGACACCAAAACCAAUAUCACACUGUGUCAAAGAUUUGGUUUUAGUUGUUGAUGAUACGUCCAGAAUUCAACCCUUUGAAAACGCUGUGCAUUCGUUUUUGCAAAAUGUUGUUUCUAGUCUCCCUAUUAGUACAACAGAUAUUCACGUGGCUCUCGGGAUGUUUUCAAAUGACUUCCUACCUAUAUUUGACUUUAAUGAUCACCCCUCGAAAGCAGACACACUCCAUGCUAUAUCAACGCAAGUGUUUAGAGGUGACCAGCGCGGAGAUACUAAAGAAGCGCUUAAUUACAUCAUCAAUCAUGCGCUGACACCUACAUCCGGUGAUAGACCGAACGCACAAAACGUUGUUCUUCUCAUAACCAGUCAUGAUACUGGUCAUGAUCGAGAGCUAUUGUGGAAAGAGAACCAGGUACAUAUGGCGGCAGAUGUCAUCUUGGUUCAAUUUGGACAUGCAGACUUCAAAUACCUGGCCUCUGGUAACAAUCACAACUUCCACCUUUCUUCUGGGUACCAGAUAUCGCAAAUAGCUCAAAAUGUCACUAAUUUGAUUAUGUGUUAGCUCACAAUAAACGAAUAAAACAUAAUAAGCGUA